GUCAAUGUCAUGUGGUGCCUUUCGAGGAAGCACUGGCACCCAGCACCUAACCACCAUCCCUGACUUGGAUUUAGGUUUUUAAACUGUAAACUAACAAAUAUUAGCUGGAGAUGAUGGGCAGCAAGACAAGUACGCUUGCGGCCGGUGUCUGCGGGGCUUUGGUCAUCGGCUACUGUAUCUAUUUUGACAGGAAACGACGGAGCGAUCCAAACUUCAAAAAGAGACUGCGUGAACGAAGGAAAAAUCAGAAGGUGACAAAAGAGAAAACUGGACUUGCCAAGCUACCUGAUCUGAAAGAUGCUGAGGCGGUACAGAAGUUUUUCCUGGAGGAGAUCCAGUUGGGAGAGGAGCUGCUGGCACAAGGGGACUAUGAGAAGGGUGUUGAUCACCUGACCAACGCCAUCGCGGUGUGUGGCCAGCCCCAGCAGCUGCUGCAGGUGCUCCAGCAGACUCUGCCCCCUCCCGUCUUCCAGAUGCUCCUCACCAAGCUGCCCACUAUCAGCCAGAGAAUAAUGAGCGCUCAGAGUUUGGUGGAAGAUGACAUCGAGUAAUGGAUAAAAUGUGAAGUGUGUGUGUGUGUGUGGCUGUGAAUGUGGCUGUGAGUGUGCAUGCGUGCGAGCGAGUGAGCAGGAGUCUCAGUGAGCGAGUCGGAUGGGCUGGAAAACAAGAUGGCUGCUUGUGUCCUUUGCUGUGUAUUCUCUUCUCCUCUUCCUCCUACUACUACUAUUAUUCCCUCACCGACAAUAGAUGGUCCAACCCUCCAAUCAGUCGAAGAAGCCUCUGUAAUAUCAUAUAUUUAGAUGAUUCCAUUGCCAUUUACUUGUAAUCCUGUCUUGUGUUGUCCCAUGUACUAUACUUUUUUUGAAAUCUGGGAAACAAAUGUAGGGAUGAAUUCAGGUAAAAUGGGCCACUUUUUUGCAUAUAAGUGAAUGGCCCAAAGUGGCCCAAUUUACCUGAAUUCACCAUAUUUAACACUUUGUGCGUGUGUGGUGUGUUGUUGUUUUGUUUUUCUUUCUUUUUUAAAUUGUCUUUUCAACACUGAAGUGUACAGUCACCCUGUAUAUGCCAUUGAUUGCAAGAUCCUGAUGGAGUAAAUAACCGUACGUGCACCUAUAAAGAGAAAUCUAAAAACAAGCAAUUCAUUUUACGUCUGUUUAUUUUCUUAGCUGUCCAGAAAGUCAAAGAAUGCGCGCUCAUAAAUGGCACAGGUGCUGGACCAAACGUAAGAUAACUGAAAAGAAAAUAAAGGUCCGCAACACUGUUAAAUGCUCCCAAAUAUUUAAUGGCAUGACGUUUCGGACUAACCGUCCUUCAUCAGAGUGCAACACACUACACUCUAAUGAAGGAUGGUUAGUCAGAAACGGACCUUUUAUUUUCUUUUCUAUUUUCUUAGCUGUCACAGUGCAUUCUGUGGUCCCCUAUUGUCAUGUAGUGUAAGUGUUGUGUCUCUCAUGCUUGAUGCACCAGUUUGAUCGAUCGAGUGAACACCAGAUCCACAUAUUCCAAUCCCUGCUUGUUAAUGCAAUGCAGUAUUAUUUUGUGGUACGAAUGGCAGUCUGUCCAUUGUUAUUUUUAUGAUGCAUUUUAACCUUGUCCUCUUUAACUGCGAAAUGUGUCAUUAGACCCAAUAAAAGACACUGGCUUAUGUGAA